AUGACUCAAAUGAGGGAGUUUUUUGAAAAAUGGAUAACUGAUGUGUCACCUAUGGCUAUGCAAAUUCUUACUGACAAUGUUGAACAUGCAGCCAUAUGUGAGGUUAAAUAUAAUGGAGAUAAUAGCUAUGAGAUUCAGCAUCCACCAUAUAAACAUGUUGUUAAUCUAAAAAAGAAAGUGUGUAAUUGUAGGCCAUGGCAACUGAAUGGGAUUCGUUGUGCACAUACAAUUAAUGCAAUGCAUUACAAGGAUCUAGACGUUGAGUCAUUUGUUGAUCACUGGUACAAAAAGGAAACAUAUUUGAAGGCCUAUAGUAGGUUCAUUCAACCUAUGACAAACAUGAAGAUAUGGCCCAAGAGCACAAAACUAUCCAUUAAGCCACCUGAAAUCACUCUUAUGCUAGGAAGACCAAGGAAAGAGAGGUCUAAAGAUAAUGAUGAGCCUAGUAAGAAGAAGUUUGGAAAAGCUACAAGGCAGGGGAGAAAAAUGAAAUGCUCUUUGUGCAUGAAUUUUGGACAUAACAAGAAAGGAUGUCCAAUUGCUAAAAAUGGCUAUACUACUGGAACUGCAAGAACUGCUACAGGUAAAAGUGGUGGUGCAACUACUUCAGCAACUUCUACAGGUGUAACUAGUGGGGCUACUGGUGAAAAUGGUGGUACAACUAUUUCAGCAGCUUCUACAGGCGUAACUGCUGGUGGAAGUGGUGGUGCAACUACUAAAAGACCAGCCACUACUUCAACAGCUUCUGGAGGUGCAACUAUUGGUGGAAAUGGUGGUGCAACUACUUCAGCAGCUUCUACAGGUGUAACUGCUGGUGGAAGUGGUGGUGCAACUACUAAAAGACCAGCCACUACUUCAGCACCUUCUAGAGGUGCAACUACUGUUGCAACAACUACUGGUGGACGUAUUUCUGUAAAUUUUGCAAGUGUUGCUCAACCAACAAGUCAAUUUAGUACUCAACAGUCAACUACUAGUGCUAGUGGCUCAAAGAAGAGUAGCAAAGUUAAAAGAGGUGGUGCAAAUCCCGGAUAUAAGAGGCCAAGAACAGAAAAGCCAAGAACAACUGGUUUUGGUGUGCUAUUUGGAGCAAAUGGUAGUGUGAUUGAGAGGUCUGGAACUACUGAUAGAGUGUUACAUUGUGCACCAUUGAAGAGUUCAAUGCCUACCAAUAUCGAUCUUGGUUACAAACCCAAUGGACUAAGGUGGAAGGCUAAGACGGGGUCCCUUUGUUGUGUGGCUGCAAGGCCACAUGGGUCCAAUGCAGCUAGUGGAGAAUGGUCCAUGGGGCCACAUGAGCCUUACUGGCGGACUAAUUCAAGCUUCUCCCCAGCACCAUCCAGAUGGGAUUUCCGCUUCCAACCUGAAACAUUAUCCUUUGGCUCUAAUGAUGGAGUUCAAUUGUAUGGAUCUUCUGCUUCAUCAAACAGUAGAGAUAGUAGAAGUUGGGUGAGGGGAAACCAAUUGGCCAAUCACCAAUAUCUCAUAACAGAUGGUGUUGGUGCAUACUGUAGUAGCCCAUCGGACAUCUCUCCAGCACAACAGUGGACUCCACCAGCUAUCCAAGAAAUCAACAUUGAUGAUUUUGGUACUUCAAGAAGGGAUGCAAUUACGAGGCCAUUUUCAUUUUCACCCACAAUGGAGGGAGCAUCAAUUGCUAGGGAUGGCAGAGGCUCAACUUCAUCCCGAUCUGACAGUAGUGACUGUGAUUCAAUCACCAAGUCCCAUUCAUCUUAUCGUAGCUUCCCGAGUCGCCGUUUCUUUAUGUCAAAACCCAUACAUCCUCUCUCAUUUCCAACUGAAACAACACCUAGAAGAGAAGCUAUUGACAGCCUCUCAGCAGGUUUUCUAGAAUUUGAUGCCUCAACAUCACAAAGAGAUAAACACCGCUUGAGCAGUGCUAGUGGCAGUCUUGACUUGACAGAGGCCUCUGAAUCUUUUCAAUCUGACUUCCUAAGUAAACCUUGUAACCCUUCAGAUGGUUUCAGAUGUGGGUUAUGCGAGAGGUUUCUUUCACAAAGAUCGCCUUGGAGUUCCCGACGAAUUGUGAGAAGUGGGGAUAUGCCAGUUGCUGGGGUCCUUUCAUGCCGCCAUGUAUUUCAUGCUGAAUGUUUGGAGCAAGCUACACCAAAAUCAUGUAAAAGUGAUCCUCCAUGCCCAAUCUGUGCCAAGCUUGAAGAAGACAGUUCUCCAGAGCAGCGAGUAUUCUCCAAGUUCUUUCCUAGGCUUAAAACAUUCAGUGAAGAAGGACCAUCCAAGCCUUGGGGCUGUGCUCAUUCUGGAGAUUGUGUCGAAGGGGCUUUGCAUGGACCAUCUCGUGGCACUAUGCUCUCACUAAACAAGAACCAAAUUAGGAAAAAUCUUUCUUUGAAAGGUAAUUCAGGCAAGGAAUUUCCGGGUAAAUUAAGAAAAACUAAUACAUUUUCGUCACAGCUUUUUAUUGGAUCAGUUGAUCAUGCAAUGGUGGGAUCUUCAAAAGCAUCAGCAGGUUCCGGGCUGAAGUGACAACUGAAUUUUGUAUAUAAUUGCAGGCUGAUGUCCGUGGCCUUUCGUGGUUGGUGUCCUAAUCGUCUUAACUUUUCCUGUUUAUUAGAAUCUUUAGUGGCUUAAUCAUGUUGUAAAAUGUAAUGUGGUGGAAAUUGUGUAUGCACUUGAAAAGGAUUCAAACAAAUUGCAUCUUUUGUGUAAGUUUUUAACUGAUAUUUGAUCAUUGAACCAAUAUAUGUGGGAAAUUGUUAUUUGCAAGUUGUAGGCAUUGAACAAAGUGUCUUUUGAUGGUUUACUUGAAAAGUAGUAAAGUCUAAAGCUUUAUAUAUUUGUA